GAGGUUGAAGACUCUCCUCCUAGUUGCUCUUGGUUUCUUAUGCUUUGUCUUACCCGAAGUCUUCUUUGCUUUUCUAGGUAUUAUGGCUUCUUCUGGUGCUAACGUCCCUUCCUUCCGCCAAGUCCGAAAGGAACAUGCUAAGGCCGAGGCCACUGCUGCUACUGCUACUCCUUCACUUGGAGUUCACCCUGCUGAGCCUUUGGUGGAUGUAGUCCCUCCUCGGGUUGAGAAGAAGAAUCCUUCAAAAGACAAGGACAAGGGCCCUAAGCAUAGAACCACCGAACGCAUGGAAAUCGAGGCCGAGGCUGGAAUGAGAGCUAAGAAACAAAAGCAUUUGACCCCUUCCUUCAUCAGUCCAUGUACUUUGCCCCCUGCAUUGACUUCGAGUAGUUUUCUGAAUCCGACAAUCAACACACGUGAAGUCUUCGGCCAAGGGUUUAUUUCCCAGGAAGGUCGUAACUUUUUAUCUCAAGAGAACUUGUUGACAAAGUGGUCUCUCUUGUAUGAGUUGAUGGGUCGUUCUAUGGCAAUAGCUCAAACUCUCUUCAUGGAACCGAUCACUGAGAUGGAUAAGCUUUGUACCAGUUUGAAGAAUUCGGAAGUUGCCCUUACUUCGGCUCUCAGCAAAAAUAAAGAGCUUUCUGCCGAACUUGACAAGCUUAAGGCCGAGCGCACGAAACUGCAUGGCUUGGUAAGCAAUUUUCGAGAGAAGUUAGGUGAGGCCGAAGCUUCGAAGGCCAAAGUGGUGGGGGAGUUCGAGGGACAACUUGAAGAGGUGACUGCUCAAAGAGACAAAGCUAUUUCUGAUUAUGCGUCCUACAAAAAUGUUGUCGAGGAGAGGAUUUACAAUGAACAUGAAGAGGGCUUUAAUCAUGCCGUUCGGCAGGCCAUUCGUUUCCUUGAUGUUCCCUCGGACUUUCAAUUUGACCUUGGAAAAGAUUUUUACAAGGGAAACUUCAUGGAUUUGAACGAUAUUCCUGAUGAGGCUACUACUGAAGAUGCCAAUACUCCUCCUCCCUCCUCCCUAGUUGCCGAGGACAAUGUUGCUCCAGCCGAUGUUGAUCCUGAUGCUUAAAUUCUUACUUCUUGAUGUUUGUUUAUUUUUUGCAUUUCUAUGACCUUUGAAUUUUAUGUAAUCCGUUAGUGUGUUAUGAAUGAACAUCAAGUUUUGACGUUUCUUAUGCUCUUCUUACUCGUUUUAUCUCGUUUUAUCUCGUUUUGAUCUCGUGGUUUUGACUAUAUAUUACUGGGAAUAAUUAAUGGGAUGUUUACCAUAUUGCCAAGAAUACUCAUUGGUUAAUAACGAUUAGACGUGUUCUCGUUUUGAGUUUAUUAUCAAAAUAUUCGAUCGACAAAUUUUUGGUCAAGAAUUCCUAAUUAUUCCUGUAAGCCAUUUGAUAUGUAAAAUUUAACUUUUGAUUCCUUUGACCGAGGACAUAAAACGA